UUUUCUUCGCUAGUGUCAUUCUCCUCUCAGACGGCUUUAUUCACUUUAUCAAUUUUGCGAAUUUUGCGAAUUUGUACAACCCACCCCCAACCCCUAGUUACCUAAAAUUCUAUAUUUGAGACAUAUACAGCAACGGAAUUAGGCUAAUAGUUCUUUUGGGCUUUCUUCAACUUUGGGUAGGGAUAAUUAAUAACUGGGAAAAAGUGCAAGCGGUCUACUCUAGUGUAAAGUCAAAGAGGUUGAAAAAUGGCGUUGAACAAUUUAUUCGGUGGGAGGAGUCGCGCUUCAAACCAGGCCAAAAAUGUGGUUGAAUUUCGAGCAGGGAAAAUGACUUUGAAGGGAAGCAUGGUGUUUCCAGACAAGAGGAAAGGUCAAGUCUAUGUCUAUCAAUCUGAAGAUGGGCUUACCCAUUUUUGUUGGAAAGAUAGAACUUCGGGCGUCGUGGAAGACGAUUUAAUCAUCUUUCCAGAGGAUGCGAGCUUCUCCAAAGUGACUCAAUGCAAGGAAGAUUCAAGAGUAUUUCUCCUCAAGUUUAAGAAUUCUUCAAGGAAACUUUUCUACUGGAUGCAAGAGCCUAAGGUUGACGUCGAUACGGACCUUGUUUGGAAAGUAAAUGACGCCAUUAACAAUCCUGGUGGAUCAGGUAGUAGCCGUGCUGGAGGGACAAAUAGUUCAUCGGCAACGACAUCUGAACAAGAGAUGCACACUUUGCUACAAAGCAUGUCGCAAAGUCAGCUCAUGCAACUUCUGGGGGGUAUGAAUGAUUUGGAAGGAGCGUCAAGUCUGCUUUCGCAAAUGGGGUUGGGACAAUUGGGAGGAUCUUCUGCUCCCGGUGGAGAAAGUCGGUCUAGCGGUGGGGGUAGUGCUGGUUCCACUGUUACAAGCAACUCAACUGCACCCACUGCACCAUCCACGACCACAAGCAGCAAAAAAGAGGACACCUCAUCUGCGUCCUCAAAAUCAGGAGCAUCUAGUUCUUCCAAACCCCCAGUUCAGCUUCAUCAACUGCAAAAGAUUCUUAGUGGCAUGCAGCAAUUGCCUGCUUCAGUUGAUCUUGCAGCUGGCGUGAGCAGUGACUUUGUGAAACGGAUAACCUCAUGUCCAACAACUGUCCAAAAAUUAACCCCGUUGCUUCCAAAGUUUGGAUUCUCCGAGGUUGUUGAUUCUGCCAAAGACCAAGAGUCCGAUUCUAAAAAUGUCGUGGAUACGCUUAUCAGUCCAGCGUUCCAACAUGCUUUGAGCUCGUUUUGUUCAGCCUUUCCCUCCGGUCAAUUAGGACCCUUGGUGGAGCAGUUCCAGUUUGGGAAAGAUGCAAUUCAAGCUGCUCAAUCUGGAAACCUUGAAGCCUUUCUAACCGCGAUUCAAAAAGAAGCGGAUAAUAAAACCCAAGAACCUCCUGUUGAAAAACCUGAAGACAUGAAUGUAGACUGAUGACAUCUGUCCAGUGUAAGGAAUCGUCACGUUCACCUUCCACGUAUCAAUUAUUAAUUAGUUUUGAAUCACUUCACACCCCUUAAUGCUUAAUAAUAUCCUCUCCCUUUGUAAAAAUUAUGCAAUUUGCUACAAUUUGGAAAAUUAAAUAUCACAAAUAUUUGCAUUUA